UGGGGUGGGUUAGGAGUCAAAGCAAGAGCAGAGGAUCCUAGGGAUGGAGAAGCAGAGAGGCCUUGCUGGAUGUGUUUUCCCCGGGGUGGCAACAGCCCAGUGUCCUUGGGGGAAAUCUGGUGGCCACUGAGUCCGAGUCUCCUCUGGCGGAAGGGGUCUUAAACCAUGCAGGUGAACCUGGGAGCGGCACUGCUGAGCUUGGCUCUGUGGACAUUUUGUUCGCCGGUGCUGAGCACGGAAGGGAAACGGAAGCUCCAGAUCGGAGUCAAGAAACGGGUCGACAACUGCCCCAUCAAGUCCCGCAAAGGAGAUGUGCUCCACAUGCAUUACCUGGGGAAGCUGGAAGACGGGACAGAGUUUGACAGCAGCUUGGCUCGCGACCAGCCAUUUGUCUUCUCCUUGGGGACCGGACAAGUCAUUAAAGGCUGGGAUCAGGGCCUGCUUGGGAUGUGUGAGGGCGAGAAGAGGAAGUUGGUGAUUCCAUCAGAAUUGGGCUAUGGGGACCGAGGGGCGCCACCCAAAAUCCCUGGUGGGGCAACGUUAAUUUUUGAAGUGGAGCUGCUGAAGAUUGAGCGGCGGCAGGAAUUGUAGUUUCGGGAGAGAAAAGGGGAGGGGCAUGAGAGUGAGUGAGUGAGUGGCAUGAGAGGAAUCUGAACAAGCGACUCAGGAUUUGUUUGUUGUGGAUGGGCCAAAUAAAAGCACAGACCAGA